AUGUGCAGAUAUUGUCUUUUACUUCUUAAAGGUUUGGCUGGAUGCGAUUAUGUUAAAGAACCUAUUAUACAAUGUGGUGCUGCACCUGUUAUCAUGUCAACAAUUUACAGACAUAAAGUGAGGAGGUCUAAAAAUAACAUUUUUUACACUCUUAGGUGUCCAAAUAAUGCACAACAUUUAGUUGAUGCUGGUGCACCUGAUCUUCUAAUGACGGUUAUGAAUAUGUAUAAAGAAAAUCCGGUCAUUUUGAAAAAUGGAUGUUGGGCAGUUAGAAACAUAACAGCUCGUUCUCCUGAAUUUCGACCGAAAUUUAUUAAUUUGGGUGCGGAAAAUUUUUUAAACGAAUCUAGAAAAAAAUUUCCAAAAGAAUUAAAUUAUGAAGCGAAGAUAACACUGAGGGAUUUGGGUUGUGACAUUGAAAACGAAUAUCCAUGGCCGAAAAAAUAA